AUGGUGGUCAUGUCGAAUGAUUUUGGAAACAUGAAGCAGUUCAGUGAUAAACAACUAUUACAACAUGAACGACGCAAACAGAAACAACUAUUACAACAUGAACGACGCAAACAGAAACAACUAAUACAACAUGAACGACGCAAACAGAAACAACUAUUACAACAUGAACGACGCAAACAGAAACAACUAUUACAACAUGAACGACGCAAACAGAAACAACUAUUACAACAUGAACGACGCAAACAGAAACAACUAUUAAAACAUGAACGACGCAAACAGAAACAACUAAUACAACAUGAACGACGCAAACAGAAACAACUAAUACAACAUGAACGACGCAAACAGAAACAACUAUUACAACAUGAACGACGCAAACAGAAACAACUAAUACAACAUGAACGACGCAAACAGAAACAACUAUUACAACAUGAACGACGCAAACAGAAACAACUAUUAAAACAUGAACGACGCAAACAGAAACAACUAAUACAACAUGAACGACGCAAACAGAAACAACUAAUACAACAUGAACGACGCAAACAGAAACAACUAUUACAACAUGAACGACGCAAACAGAAACAACUAUUACAACAUGAACGACGCAAACAGAAACAACUAAUACAACAUGAACGACGCAAACAGAAACAACUAUUACAACAUGAACGACGCAAACAGAAACAACUAUUACAACAUGAACGACGCAAACAGAAACAACUAUUACAACAUGAACGACGCAAACCGAAACAACUAAUACAACAUGAACGACGCAAACAGAAACAACUAAUACAACAUGAACGACGCAAACAGAAACAACUAUUACAACAUGAACGACGCAAACAGAAACAACUAUUACAACAUGAACGACGCAAACAGAAACAACUAUUACAACAUGAACGACGCAAACAGAAACAACUAUUACAACAUGAACGACGCAAACAGAAACAACUAAUACAACAUGAACGACGCAAACAGAAACAACUAAUACAACAUGAACGACGCAAACAGAAACAACUAUUACAACAUGAACGACGCAAACAGAAACAACUAAUACAACAUGAACGACGCAAACAGAAACAACUAUUACAACAUGAACGACGCAAACAGAAACAACUAUUACAACAUGAACGACGCAAACAGAAACAACUAUUACAACAUGAACGACGCAAACAGAAACAACUAAUACAACAUGAACGACGCAAACAGAAACAACUAUUACAACAUGAACGACGCAAACAGAAACGACGUGUCAUAUCGUAGAACAACUUAAACGUCGUAUGCAAAGAACGUAAAAUAUCAACAAACACAAAA